UUAUUUUGGUAGGGUGACACAACUAAAUAACAAAUUAAAUAGCAUACGGUUCAUAACAGACAUUUUAUUAAAGAACCAACCCCAUUGAAGAGAGCAGGGACAUUGUCUUAGCACUAAAAAUAGCACACAUCAUCUUCUCUUCUUAAAUUCUUUGGUUGCUAAGAAAAAGUACUUCAUUCAACCACUUUCUCCUUCUUCUUGCUCUAACUCUUUAACUUAAUUUGUUAGUUCUAUCAAGUAAAUUAAACUAAACCGUGGUGAUGAUUGCUGUUGAUGAGUUAGUUCAUAAUAAAGGUGCUAAAGCUUUGGAGAAUCCAAAUCCUUGUAAAGAUCUUAAGGUACAUCUUUCAAUAUGCUUGGAACUUCAGAAACUCGUAGAUAGAAUCUUGCACAUAAUAUUAGCUACUGAAUCAGCCAGACCAAAUUGUACUUUAGCCAUAAAAGCACUCUGUUCAUUACACCUCCAUUUGAACAAAGCCAACUCCAUUAUCAAACACUCUUCUGAAUGCAGUAAACUCUACCUGGCUAUGACAUCACAUAGGAUACUUUCAAGAUGUGAAAAAAUUCGAAAUGCAUUUGAGUUAUACUUGACUCAAAUUCAAAGUGCUGUUCCAUUGUCCUUGGCUGCUGAGAUAUCUGGAAUACUCCAUGACCUUAAGGAUACAGAAUUUUCCCCAGAAAUUGAAGAAGUUGAAGCUAGGAAAGCAAUUCUAGCAUUGUAUGAGAAGGACUUUAAUGAUUCAGCUUCUUCUAUGGAGAAUGCAGAACUUGAAGCCAUUCAAAUUGCAACUUCAAGGUUGAAAAUAAACUCUACAUUCUCUCUCAUAGUAGAGAAAGCAUCACUUAGGAAGCAACUUGAUCAAGUUAUUAAUAAUGACACAAACCAAAAGGAGAAGCAACUUCUACAAUACCUUUUGUAUUUAUUGAUGAGAUAUGGCAAAUUCAUUCAUCAAAUUGGAAGCAACUCUUUGGAUCAUGACUUAGUUGUGGAUAAAGAACAUAGUCAUCAAGUUAUGGAAUCAAUUGACAAUGUAGUUAGAGACUUUGAAGUACUUAGUACUUGAGGUUAUAUAGGUCAACUUUUGUUCAAAACUUAUCCAACAUUAGUUAGGAAUAAAAAGAACCCUCAAGGUUAAAAAUUUUAUGAAA